UGUGCGUGCAUGACUCACUCAAUCAGUCCAGUGAGUGAUGCACUCACUGGACUGAGUGAGUGAGUGAGUGAGUGAGUGACUGUGCCUUAAAUGUGUUCCUUUUCUACCCUUGCAGAGUAAGCCGGAUCCCUCGGAGCUUGGGAGCCCAAAGACAACUGAUGACAUAGUGCAGGAAAAAGGAGAGGAGGGCCGAGUAGCACGACGGAGACACAAGACGGAGAGCGUGAAGCAGCAGUGGAGCCAGGAGAAAGCCAUGGCUGUGGAGCUGGAGCAGGCCCAGAGGAGGCAGGUGUCUCAGCUGGAGGAGGGAGACGUGGGCACUCUGCACCCUGUCUACCAGCUCACCUGCCAGCCGUGGAUCACUUUCAUGGCUGAACUUGGCUGCCCCUCCAUUCAGCAGUGCACGGCUGAAAUGGCUUCGCACUUCCUGCUGCCGUCCAUCUUGGCAGAGAUUGUCAGUUUGGUCAGUUCUCUGGCCAGCGACACGACAGUGAAGGCCUUUGAAAAGACAAGCUGCUCCGCAUCUGGAGACAUAUUUGUUCCGUUCGCUCUCGCCCACAACCUCGGCCAGCCUCCAGAUGCCACGAGGAGCUUCAUUCUCGUAGGCCGCAACUUUCAUCAGUGGCACUGCAGCACAGAGCAAGAAGACAGUUCAGAGGAGGAAAACACCCCAGGGCUAAAUAGGUUCACACCUCACAAGGGCUUCCAGCGCUUCGAGGCUCUGGAGCAGAGCGACGUGUUCAGUCCAAGCCAGGCUGGGGAAGGACUGGCUCCCCGCCAGAGGUUCCUCUUCAUCAGCAUCCUGGACAAAAAGGUGACUCUGUACAGCUACAACUGGUCCGUGGACCUGGGCGCCUCUCUGAAUCGUGAGCUGGUCCGCCUCGUCAAGUGGCAGAACGCGAGGGCUCACGUCGUCCACUGCCUGCUCAACCAGAAGAUGGGGCUCUUUCAUCACUACUGCUUCUCUGACGCGCCCAUCCACGAAAUGGACUCCAAGCAGGACCCCAACCCGUUCCUGAGCCCCUCCAUGGAGCCUGAUGCGUUGCUGCGUAGCGCAGUGCCUCCUCUGCCCAGUAAAGAGCAGGGCAGGCUGGGAAGCUCUGGCCGAAGUCUCGCUCCACUCCACUUCCCCUCUGAGCUGCUGCCCUUUGACGAGGCUCUGAGGGACGUGUGCGCCAUCCGGCCCUUGACGGAGGGGGACGUGGUGGCCCGACACGGCGGCCAGCUCUUGGAGAUCAAAGUUGCUGAGCGAAGAGAACUGGAGAAACAGAUGAAGAUAGAGAACCUGUUUGUGACGUGGCAGCAGAGGUCAGCACAAUCCAACAUGCCCAUUUCAGGCACUGAUUUGGAGACCCUGAAGCAGUCGUCCAGGCUGGUCCACUACUGUGCCACCCCUCUCCUCUUCGACCCCAUCUUCCGCAAGCAGAUCCAAGAGGAGCAGAUCGUUCAGCCUCCAGUGAAGGUAUGUCUGCUCAAACAGCCACAGUGGGCUGAAAGAGCUGCAGACGACAGGCUCUUACUGUGGUUUGGGACCAGCACACCUCCGCACCAACACUUUGAGCCCACCAUAUGUCAGGGCCUUGGGCAUCUCAGGGCUCGUGUUGCACAUGGACCUGUGCCAGAGAGAUUGGUUGGUCCUCCUACUUCAGGACUUGCUCAGUUUUGUUUCCACUGCCUGUGGAUUUGGAAAAUGAUGAAGUGAUGACAUUUUGGAUGGACUUGGAUGCAAACUGCAACUGUAGUAGUUGGUUGAGGCUACAAUCACGUGGCGGUAAUUUUACUUAUUUUAUUUGUUCUGUCCUUCUGCUCAUUCUGUCCCCUGAGCGAGCCCUGAAAAGGCCUCCUCUUAAGCUUGAAUGGGUCCACCUCCAGGACCAGUCACCAGCCAUGAAGACUUUGAACAUGGUCCAUGUGUAAUCCAGGACUUUACCCAGAAACUCCAUAUAGCCGGGUACUCCAAGACAACAGGCGACCUGCUCGGUCUGUGGGGAACACUCAACACACAGUGGGGUCAGCUAAAACCAUCUCCGUCCACACGGGCGUUUCAGCAUUGUUUGCGAAAUGAUUUCCGUCCAUACCAGCACACCUGAAUGACUCAGCACACAUGACUCUUCACAUCAAGUAGAUUGGUUGCUUAGUAUUAUAGUAGUCUUUAACAAUAAAGAGUCGUGCUUGAUACUUAAGAUCUUACUUAGUUACAAGGCUGCGGGUCUCUCUCUCUCUCUCUCACUCACACACA